AUGGACGAGAACGGCGACGGAACCGAGGAGUACUUAUUCAAGAUCGUCCUAAUCGGCGACUCAGCCGUCGGAAAAUCCAACCUCCUUUCCCGAUUCGCGCGGAACGAGUUCGAUUCGAAUUCCAAAGCGACGAUCGGCGUUGAAUUUCAAACGCAGACGGUGGAAAUCGACGGGAAAGAAGUGAAGGCGCAGAUCUGGGAUACGGCUGGUCAAGAACGGUUCAGAGCUGUUACUUCUGCUUACUAUAGAGGCGCUUUUGGUGCGCUUGUUGUUUAUGAUAUUAGUAGAAGAGGGACUUUUGAUAGCAUCAAGAGGUGGCUCGAUGAACUUACAACUCAAAAUGAUAGCACUGUCGCAAGAAUGUUGGUCGGAAAUAAGUGUGAUUUGGAGAGUCUCAGAGAGGUGAGCACAGAAGAAGGCAAAGCUUUUGCAGAAGAAGAAGGCUUGUUCUUUAUGGAAACAUCAGCACUUGAUUCUACCAAUGUCCAAAAGGCUUUUGAGAUUGUCAUCCGUGAAAUUUACAACAAUAUCAGCCGCAAAGUCUUAAACUCUGAUUCCUAUAAGGCCGAAUUGUCUGUGAAUCGAGUAAGUUUGGUUAAUGGGGCGGGAUCAAAGAAAAACCUGCUCAAUUUUUCAUGUUGUUCUUGA